UCCCAGCGCCUCCCUUUGAGCGGUUGGUGUCAGGCCGGCUCGCGCGCGCCACCUCGGUCGCCUGCCGGCACGCGCCGACCCCACAGGCGGCGAAGCCGACCCGCCCGCACCUUGAGCCGGAGCAGGCUCGUAGCCUCUCCUCCUCCUCCUCCUCCCGAGUAACAUCGAAACACGAAAGCCUGCGCCCGAGCGAAGUUUCCCACGCGAACGCAACUGCGGAGACAUGAAGAUCAAAGAUGCCAAGAAACCAUCUUUUCCGUGGUUUGGAAUGGAUAUUGGUGGAACUCUAGUGAAACUUGCAUAUUUUGAACCUAUAGAUAUUACUGCAGAAGAAGAGCAGGAAGAAGUUGAAAGUCUGAAGAGUAUUCGCAAAUACUUAACAUCAAACGUGGCCUAUGGGUCCACUGGCAUUCGGGAUGUCCACCUUGAACUUAAGGACUUGAUACUCUUUGGGCGGAAGGGAAAUUUGCACUUUAUCAGAUUCCCAACGCAUGACUUGCCUACUUUUAUUCAAAUGGGAAGAAAUAAAAACUUUUCCACGCUACAUACGGUGCUUUGUGCCACUGGUGGCGGUGCUUAUAAAUUUGAAGAAGAUUUUCGCACGAUUGGAGACCUCCAGCUGCACAAACUGGAUGAACUUGAUUGUCUCGUCAAAGGCUUGUUAUAUAUAGAUUCUGUCAGUUUUAAUGGCCAGGCAGAGUGCUACUAUUUUGAAAACGCAUCCGAACCUGAAAGAUGCCAAAAGAUGCCUUUUAACCUAGAUGACCCGUACCCGUUGCUCGUUGUAAACAUUGGCUCGGGAGUCAGUAUUUUAGCAGUUCAUUCCAAAGACAACUACAAGAGGGUGACUGGAACAAGUCUAGGUGGUGGGACCUUUCUUGGUUUAUGCAGUUUACUGACUGGGUGUGAAAGUUUUGAAGAAGCUCUAGAAAUGGCAUCCAAAGGCAACAGCACACAAGCUGACAAGCUAGUCCGGGAUAUUUAUGGGGGAGACUAUGAACGGUUUGGCUUACCAGGAUGGGCUGUGGCAUCUAGCUUUGGGAAUAUGAUCUACAAAGAAAAACGGGAAUCUGUCAGCAAAGAAGACCUGGCUAGAGCAACCUUGGUUACUAUCACCAAUAACAUUGGAUCUAUAGCACGAAUGUGUGCUGUAAAUGAGAAAAUAAACCGAGUUGUCUUUGUUGGUAACUUUUUACGUGUGAAUACUUUGUCAAUGAAGCUUUUGGCAUAUGCACUGGAUUACUGGUCCAAAGGCCAGUUGAAAGCUUUGUUCCUUGAACACGAGGGGUACUUUGGAGCAGUUGGUGCCCUCCUUGGAUUGCCAAAUUUCAGCUGAAGUUCAAAGCAUCACAAUACUGAAUUAUUCUCUACCUUUCUGGCAUUAUUACGUAUUGUUUUUAUAUCAACUGGAAUCAAAGGGCAAAAGGGCUGCAAUCUUUCUAUAAAUGUCUUUAAUCGAAGGAUAAAACUAUCUCAUUGGGACUCUGUUGACAUCUGGGUGCUCCUAUAAGAAGCUCUUAGUAGUGGGGCUGGUGUGGCAUCCUCUAAUCUACUGAACCAGUGUUCCCCAACUUGGUGCCCCUCCUAAUUUCUCAGCUGAUGUAGCUGUUAGUUGUGCCAGUUAGAGACAAUGCCAUACACAGAUAAAGGGGAGCAGGCUGGGGAAUGCUGUAAUAAACAUUUAGUACUCGGCAUAUGUCUCAAGCUCAGACAUAAACUGUCCAAACCCUACAAUACUAACCCUGUUUUGCUUCAAAACUAUUCUUAAGCAAUUGGAUUGCGUCUAGUUGCACAAAGUUUGUUGUGGCUUUGUGCUCAGUGUUCAUGUAGAUUUCCAGUCAGCUCCAGAACUGAUUGUAGCCACAAAUGAAAGAAAGAUCUUUGAUGCAAGGUGUUGUCUUUCUGUGCAAGUGCAAGGAAGUAACAGCAUGUUGAAAUCCUUAAUUCAGGCAUCAGUGUUAAAGCUUCCAAACAUUAAACGUAAAAACAUCAGCAACGGUUUUGUACAGUUGAUUUAAUGAAUUAAGCAAUCAAGUACACGUGUACACCAACAGUAUAAGCCAGACGUUACUUUCAGCGGUUUCAGAAGACUGACCAUUUAAAGAAAAUGAUCUCAGAACCACUCACUGCUAUAAACAGUGCCAGCAGAUAUGACUGAGAUCAAAGCAGCAGCGGUGUGGCAAAGGCUGGAAAGACAGAUCUAAUAAGAUGCCUCUAGUGUGACUUCCCAAAUCUAGGAAAGUGAGUUGAUCUCACGGAACCUGUAUUGAGCUAGAAUAUUAAGUUGGGACGAGGUUGUGUCCUUAAACCAUUAUGGCAGCUAUAAAGGUUGAACUGCAGAGUCAGCAGUGCCAGUGUUCAUUGUGCCCUGAUGAACUAUUCCAGCUGCGCAACAGUGUGGCCUUGAGAUAAACACCUGUAUUUUUACUGCCUGCCACUUCCGAUAUGAUUGUAAAAGUUUACAACAGUGGCAUAUUUAGUAGCCUGCUGCAGCGAAGCUUACCGUAAGACCUCAGAAAAAUAGAAUAAUUUCAGAAAAACUUUCUAUGCACAGGGAUGUUAUCAUUGUAUCCUGAAGGAUUAUGCAGUUGCCCAAUCCAUGAACUAAAUUUUCUAGAAGGGAAUCUACCACUGACUAGCAUUCAUUGAGUUUUUGGUACUGCUUAUUUUACUUGAUCAAGGUGAUAACACAAUUUUGGCACAUUAAUAUUUCAUACAGCAAUAUAUAUAUAUAUAUAUAUAUAUAUAUAUAUAUAUAUAUAACAUGACAUAUAUAUGUAUAUAUGAAAAAUAACUUCAGCAAUCUUGGAGGUUUGGUUAGUUUAGGUUUUUUUUUUUUUAAUUUAAUCCUCUAUAAUUAUAUUUCAAUGCUUAGAAGUAGUAACUGGUUUGUAGCAUGUAGCAAUCACCUAAACGGUUUUCUGUUUUUAGAACUUGGAAAUGAAUUAUCUCUUUAUAGCACAGGGCGACAUCCAGAGAUUUGUAUGUACCUCACUGGUUUGAGGAAGUCAGAAAAUACAACUUCAGUAAAAAGUCUCAUCACAGAAACAUUAUACUUGAUUAUUUUAACCCCAACCCAUUUUACAUAGUGGAAUGAUUAAUUCCUAACUCAUGACUUGAAAGUCACCUCUAAAAAAUGAUGGCUUCUCAUCUUGUGUUUUGAAACAACAAACGUGAACAGUUACUGUCUGCCUUGCCUUUCAGGAAGGCACUUUCGGCACUACUGAAGCAAAGUGAUUUAUCAUACAAUGUAUGUUACUUCAACAGGUUUACAUGGUAAUAUCAUAGAUUUGGAAUAAGCCCCAUAAACGAGUGCAUUGGCAGUUUUUAUGUUGGACAAUUUCUAUUUUUAUUUUUGCAUUAUGUAAUUGCAUUUGUAAGAAUAGUGCUUUUACAAAAAUGCCAUUGCAGUGUUGCAAACUUCUGCCAUUCAUGUAAAUUCACACUGCUAGCAGCUUUGUUUAGCACUGAAAGCUUUCUUGGUUUGGGUGCAGCAGAGGUUUCUCAUGAAAAGAUCCAGAAAUUGAGGAACACUCAGCUUUCUGGGGAGAGAAAAAAAUGUCUGGCAAGCUAAAGGGAGAGAGAUUUACUUCUCCUUUCCUUGAGAAGUUCUGAAUGUGAAGGCUCUUCAAUCCAACAGUCACGUGAGUGCCUUAAAGUUCCUUUUAAAGUUUCAACUACAUAUUGGGCUAAGAUUUUCCCUGGCUUUGGAUACUGGCAGCUUUCAUACAAAAAUCACCCGCGGGGUAGCUAGAAGGUUUUUGUUUUUCUCCCAUAUUAUUGUCAAUUCUAACAUAGUCCCAGUGUCCUUUCUGGUGGUUACAAUGUUCUACCUGCAGCCUUAGGGCAUGGAUGGAUGGAUUGAUAAACACAAUCUCAAAAGAAUGCUGACUGUUAAGGAGAGAGUUUUAUUUCUUAAGCCAGAUCAUGUUUGUAAUGUGCUGUUCGAGCUGAUAAAAAUGUUCAAGGGCCAUUCCGUUAAGGUAUGGCUAGAGAAGACUUCUAAUACGACCAUCCCUUCUUAACUACUGAAUUAAGGCAUUAAGGGACCAGAUUUUCCCCCCCUACAUUCCUUGAAUUAUGGCUCAUUUUUAUAUUGCCUUUUAUAUUUUUAAGCAUCAUUCCAUGAAAAACACAAGAUUGUAUAAAGACCAGAUCACUCUUCUCAUUUUAGCCAUUUCAAAAUAUAAUGCCAGUGGUCCUAUUGAUAUGUUAUAAGGCUGCAGUAUAAGUUGAUUGCACAGUCUUGUUGAAUCUUACUGAUCAAAUGAAUUAAGACUAGCGUGUUGGUCCUUUUCAUUGUAUGCUCCUUAUAUCUUCAAUAGCAAGAUUGUAUUGUGACUGUUUGCAAAUUCUGUUUAUUGUUUUGCCAACCCCAAACAUUAUAUAACUUAUACUUUGACAAAAUGCAUAUAAGACCCAACUGUGCAUUUAAUCAAUGUUCCUUAUGUCUUUGGGAGUUGGUUUGUAGACUGCAACAGAAAUUAUUCAAGUUUAGCAUGAUGUAAUUCGGAGUGAGUGCUCACCACCUCCAAAACAUGCACUAUUUAUUAGUAUCAGCUAUGGAUUUUUAGCCGUAUGCUUUCAUGGAAUAGAUGUAUUGGAAGGGAAAGUAUCAUGGCUGUUUUAGGAUUGAACCAGCAACAUGCUAAAUUUGAUGUGUGUGCACUUCUAUUAUACUGUCUGGGCUUUAAAGUUAAGUCUUUGGAUUUUUUUAAAAUGCUUUUACUUAAGAGCCAAUUGACUUAUCAGUCUCCUAAAUACCAAUGACUUACUUUGUAAAUAGUAUAUUUAUAAUUAAAACCCUAAAUUCAGUAUGUGUUUUAUUAGGUAGAUUACAUAAUUUAGAAUUUUUAGCCUUCUAAAAAUUCAACCUUCUUUUAGGACCCAGUAUUUUUUAUCUUAAAUGGAAAUUAAAUAGUGCUGAAUGGGUGGCAGAAUAUUGAAAAGUAGAAAAUUCAGGGAUAAUGAAUAAAAAGUAACGUGCCAUUAAAAAAGUAACACCUUUCACUACUAUUCUAAUGAGCUACAAUAAAUCUUGCUUUACCUUACGUAUAGAAUUUUGAUAUAACAUAAUGAAGGUUGAUAAUUCUUUGAUCAAUACCUCCCCUUCUCCCUCCCCCAUCCCCAGUCCUUAAAGCCCACAUGUUAAACAAUGCCCAGAGUCCCCCAAUGGGAGGAGACGGGCGAGGACAAAUUGGAUAAAUAAAUAAACAAUAGCAUCAACUUAUUUAUGCCUGUUGUAAAUUAAAAGUAAAGCAAGACUUUGUUGCAAGACUUCUGUUUUAGGGAAACAAAGACGCCUCCUUGAUUCAGAAGUGAUCUCCAUUUAAGUGUUCUCAACAGUAUGUUUUAGAAUGCAUUGCAGUACAGUACAAGUGUUCUUAUUCCAAAUAAUAUACUUCAUAUUCUAAACUGUUACAGGAAAUUGGUAGGAAGCCUGCAGGCAAGCAUUCUUCUAGGUCAACACCUUAGUACUUUUUCCCUUAAAAAUUAAGAUUUGGGGACACGUUUGUGAGAUGCAGAAAGUAUGCCUUUUGGUCGGUUGUUAGUCACAUGACUCUGACAUGCAUUAGUUGAUCUAUUUAUAAAGAUUUUGCCAAAUACAUGUUGGACACAUGCCUUAUUUCUACGAAAAGAUGACGAUUCACACCUCUUACUAGCUCUACUGUGUAUUUUGUGCAGAGGGGACAAAUAGAGAGGAACCUAGAAGCUGCUGCCUUUUAUUAAUUCAGAAUGUCCUCCAUCUUGUCCAGUCCAGUAUUACCAACACUGACUGGCAGUGAUUCCUCACGGUGUCAGGCAGGUGUCCCUAGCCGUUCUACCGGAGGUUCCGGGGAAUGAACCUGGGACUUUGGCAAAUUGUAUAAAGCAGCUCCUCGGCCCUUGAGCUGCCGCCUCUGAGUUACUUGAAAAUGAACUAGAAAAGGAGUGCCUCAGAUUACUGAACCACACUAGAACAUCUCAUGAAACUUAAGACUUAAGAACCUUGUGGCUUUGUGCUCCCACAUCGUGGGAAGGUUAGACCAGUUCAGCUGUACAGUAUUUUUACCCUCCAUAUGAUGAAGGCCAAUCUGAGAUAGGGCCAAACUAGCGCUGCCUUAGCAAACGAAGAGCAUGGCAGUCUGGAACCCCCUUCUCAGUCCCACCAUUUGAAUUGCAUUGGAGUGGCUUAUGAGAAAGCAGAAUUCAGCUUUGGAUUGUGUGCCAUUGCCCAAGCAGCUGCUUUUAACACCUGGAGUUUGGGAGGGAGACAAAGCCAUGGGAAGGAAUUCUGGUUAGUUUAAAGCAGUCUUUAAAGAUGUGUUAGACUGUGACUCCCCUCAUCUCCAAGGUUUGAACUCUGGGUUAUAAACAAAGAGUAUUAAAGAUACUCUAGUAAGCUCCAAUUCAGACAACCUAGUCAGAGGAAGUGUGUGUGUGUGUGUGUGUGUGUGUACACGCAUGUGAGUCCUGUUCCUUGUUUGCUUAGUACUAAAUCAUAUUCAACCGUUAAAACAGAAAACCUGCGGCAGUGCCGGAAUUGUUCCUUAGACCUAUAUUUAACUCUGAACAGUUAAGGGUCCUUCACAAUGAAAUAACUAUUAUUUUAAAGUAUUAGCCAAUAACCAAGGGAGAAGAGGCAAUCUCUCCUCUUCCCUCUGUCCCCCUCACCUUGUCUGCUUCCUUUCCACUUUGUCAGGCUAGAAAGGGGAGGCAAAUGUGUGUGCAAGAUAUGGCAGCAAGGUGGGAAGGACCAGGACCAGGUGGCUUCCUGGAGGGAGUGCAGAGCACCAUGUCCACACCUGCUCACAGCCUUGCUGCCUCCCUUUGGACGGGAGGAGGUUCCCUGCAGAAGGGCAGUUCCCUACUCAGCUACCCCAAAUUCUCCCUUGUGCUGCUUUCGGCACAGAGACCCAAAGUCACUGAAGGGCAGCAAGUAAAUGCAAGGGGGCAGCUAUCCUUUGGCAGAUGUUGCUGCUGCUGCUCUUUCUUAAUAGCUCUCACCUGCUGAUUCAUCCCAGUCAUUUGGCCAUGCAGCAAGCAAGGCUUUCAGAGGGAGGGAGGGAUGGAAAGGGGAACAGUUGCUUGCUCAUCCAGCCUGCCCACCCCCCCGGCCCAGUUUUGAGAAAGACUGACCUACUUGGGCCUGGUCACCACCACCACCACCACCACCACCAGGCCACGGAGCGAAUGAGAUGAUGCGGCUGCUCCUCUGAUGGUGAAAUCUCCUUUGCGUAUUCUGCGCACGCUCAGUUAUCUUAGCCAAGGUGUCCUGAAGGGAGGUAGAAGUAAACUAAAAAUGUCACAAGCACACUUUUUCAAAUGUUUGUUUAAAGUCAGGUGUAGGUAAGACCCGUAGUGGCACUGGGUGAGGGGAGUGGCGGGAAACUUUAAAAACAAUCACAAGUUAGUCUAAUAUAAAACUAAUUAUUCCUCAUGGUCUGUCUUCAAGCUGUGCAUUUUGUAGUUGAGAGUUCAUCAUAAAACACUAAUUAGUACACAUACAAUAAAUACAGAACUUUAUUUCCAGAGUUUCAAAAAGUUGUUCCUGAGUUCAUCAAUCAUUAGCAGUGUGUUCGUGUAAAGGCCAUGAUUUAAUCAAAGUAUCCUAUGUUUAUUGCUUCCAUUGCUAUGCUAUUAUUUUUAGUGCGAAAAGAAUUUUCAAAAUUUCUGUCGUAUUUUGGUUAAACCUACCAUUCCAUAAGAUUUACUAAAAGUUGUAGACAGAGUUUUUCUGGAAUCGGAAUGAAUUUAACAUUUCAGCAGUGGAAAGAAAUGCAUUUUAAGCAAUAGUUAACAUGCUGCAGCUUAUUACUGAUAAUUACUAAGCGGGUUUGUUUUUUUUAAAAAAAUAAGGUUUUAUAGAUGGCCACGUUUCAGUGUUCAGGACAUUUUAAUAUCCACAUUAGGAAAUAGAGAAGAUAGCAUUCAUACUUUCCCAGCAGGUUUGGCAUUUUAACUUCAAAAAAAGAAACAUCUACAUGACUCAAAUUGUACCUAGAAACUCCUUAGCAAGCUCUUAUGUCCCCAAUGUGUAUGUACUAUACUGUGAGAACCAUUUCUCAUGUAUUGCCUUAUUCUGUUGCAGUGAACUUGGUGUCUUGGCUAUUUACAGUUCUGGCAAUGGUGUAAAAAUGUAUGUUUUGCAAAUUUAAAUCAUAGUCACUAAAUUAUUUAACGUAUCUUUUGUAAAUUGUUUAAUUUAUUUUUAAUGUCAGUGCUUUUCUGUAUUGUUUUCAUGCAACCAAAUGAUGGAAACCUAUAUUGCAUUCAUUCCCAUCAGAAUUGUAUAAAAACUCCUGACAGCUUGCAUGAGUAAAUGUGAAAUCUAAUGAUGGGCUUUUGUGUGUGUUUUCCUAGUUUUAGUGUUCUGUAAACAGAAUUUUGAUUUGUUUUUCCUAAAUAAAGUCCAGUGGAUGGUUCCCUCUCCUA